AACAAUAGUAGUGUUACAAUCAAGUAUUUUUAAUUGUCUUGGCCUAGACCACAAAACAGUGGAAGCAACUGAUAACGACACGAGAAGCGGAACUUUAUUUUCACAGCACGUCGUUCGACAGGUUUUUUUAAAUAGACACAAUCACUAGAAGAAAACAAAACAUUUCGAGCAGCUUUGUUUGCUUCUGUACUGGCAGCCUGCAACCUACAUGAAUUAUUUUGGGAAGUUUUUCCUCAGAUAAAUAUGUAAACCAAUGCUGUUGACGAUGGCUUCCAGGAAUUUACCAGGAAUUAAAUGACCGGUGAAGGUUGUGCGCAAUAACAACGGUAUCGUUAGCCUACUCCUUGCUAGAUAACGUAGCAAAUCGAAUUCAACGAAGCCAAAUAAUCUAGAUUUAUAAAAAUAAAAAAAAACAUUUUACAAAUCCGUGACAUUACAAAUAGAUUGUGAACAAGUGUGCGGUCAUUUAGCUAUGCAUGGGCUCUUGUUGAGGGGAAAUGCUAGCUAGCCUAGAGGUUCUAGCUAAUAGCUAGCAAAUCGCGUUAGCCUAAAUUCGACGAAAGCAAAUGGCAACAAAGUAACGACCUUCCCUUUUACAUCAAUAACAGUAAUUUCACGAUCGAAGGUGUUGCGAAAUGGCCAUCUUAAAGUAGCAUUGCUUCUCCGAAAGAUAACAAAUCAGAACGUUGUCAAGUUAGCUAGCUAGGUAACGUUAUUUAUCUCGUUCCUGACGGCGAUUGUAGUGUAGCUAUUUGUCAUGCCUGGAAUGAUAGCGUUUGGUCGGCGAUGGGGCAUCGCAAGCGACGACCUGGUCUUUUCCGGCUCUUUUGAGCUGUUCGUCAGGGUUCUAUGGUGGAUCUGGACGCUGGCUCUGUACACUCUCCAUAAGGGGAAGUUUGACUGUUCAGGUGGGAGAGUUCUACACAGCUACCUGGUGGUUUUACUGGUCCUGUUGGCUUUCAUCAUCCUGUCUUUAUGUGCCAUCGUCUACGUCAGCGCUCAAGGGACCAUCACUAACCCGGGCCCGCGACGCUCCAUCCCGGUGCUGUUGUAUGUGCGGGCGAUGCUGUACGUCCCUGAGCUGAUCUGGGCCAUCCUGGGGGCCAUCUGGGUGUCUGAUGACAGCCGGGGCUGUGAGCCUGCUGAGGUGGGGGCCGUCAUUGCAGCAGUGGUCGCCAGUUGGAUCUUGCUGCUGUCCACAGGGGUGGGAGUGCUGUUUGUGUUCGACCCACUGGGCAGCUGCCUUCCUGGGCCUCCGUCCCAGGAGCAGCUAGGGGUAAGGGACCUGGAGAGCAGUGAGGGCUCCCAGCUUCUGUCCACCGCCCGCUCUGUGGCUGUCAGGGUGUGGGAGAGCAGGCUAAGGCUGCUCUGCUGCUGCCUGCCUCAGGAUGAGAGCCACAGAGCUGCGUUCUCCAGCAUAGCUCAGCUUGUCAGCGGAUUCUUCUCGGAUACAGACCUGGUUCCCAGUGACAUCGCAGUGGGUCUGGCUCUGCUACAUCAGGAGCAGGAUAAGAAGGAGCAGUGUAGGGAUCCAGACGAAGUCCUGUCUCACAGCCCCUCAUCACCGAUCGCAGAGGAUCUUGAGGCAGAGCUGGAGAAGGCAGCCCACUGUAUGCAAUUUGCUAUAGCAGCGUAUGGCUGGCCCAUGUAUGUCUACUCCAACCCACUCACUGGAGCCUGCAAACUCAGCGGGGACUGCUGUAAGACCCAGUCUGCUGAGUAUGACAUUGUCGGAGGAGACAACAUGGGUUGCCAUUUCUCCUCCAUCCUCCACAGCACCGGCCUACAGUACAGAGACUUCAUCUACGUUAGCUUUCACAACCAGAUCUAUGAAAUUCCAUUCUUUGUGGCUCUGGACCAUAAGAGAGAGGCAGUACUGGUGGCUAUCAGAGGAACACUGUCACUCCGGGAUUUGCUGACUGACCUGUCUGCAGACUGUGAGAACCUCCCAGUAGAGGGAGUGUCAGGAACAUGCUAUGCUCACAAGGGCAUGUCUCAGGCAGCCGGCUACAUCUAUAAGAAACUCCUCAACGAUGGCAUUCUAAACCAGGCUUUUACCAUCGCACCUGAGUACAAGCUAGUCAUCACAGGCCACAGUCUUGGAGGGGGUACAGCCUCUCUUCUGGCCAUUCUAUUACGUAGCUCCUUCCCCACCCUACAGUGUUACGCCUUCUCUCCACCAGGGGGACUCAUGAGUAAAGCCCUGGCGGAAUAUUCCAAAGACUUUGUGGUGUCUGUGGUAUUGGGGAAGGACUUGGUGCCAAGGUUGAGUUAUCCCAACAUGGAGGACUUGAAAAGGAGAAUAUUAAAAAUGGUUUCUAAUUGCAAUAAGCCCAAGUACCGUAUCCUACUCCAGGGCUGUUGGUAUGAGUUGUUUGGGGGAGAUCCUGAUGACUUCCCUACUGAGAUGGACAGGCGGGAGGAGGAACUUAGCCAGCCGCUCCUGGGGGAGGAGACACUGCUGAUUCGUGGCUCCUCAUCCUAUCAAAGCCUGGCUUCUGAGGACUCGCCGGUACACUGCGCCCACCUGCCACUUUAUUUACCGGGACGUAUACUGCACAUUACAGAGGACGGCCCAUCGCGGAGGUCCUGUUUUUCCCAGGUGCGUUACCGGGCGGAGUGGUCCAGUGAGACAGCAUUCCGGAGUGUUCUCAUCAGUCCUAGGAUGAUCGCCGACCACAUGCCCGAUGCUGUACUCCGAUCUCUCCACAGUAUGACACAGGACAGGCCCUUCAACCUCUGCCCCUCGUCGCUUAGCAACAGCCACCUCAACGUCAUCUGAGUCACACUGCUACACACGUACACACACCUGGACAGGGCGAGCCUGACUGUCUGUUGCGAAGGCUGUCCCCAGUCCUUUCGUUCUAGUUUCAUCUCUUCCCGCCCCAUCUCAAGUCCCCCCCCAGUUUCUGUCCCUGUUUUGUCCCUACUCCAUGACCAGGAUACUCAACAGCGAAUACAAAAGGGACAAGACAAUUGGACUCCUCGAUUAAAGGACUGUGCAGGAUUGUCUUUCUCAUUAGGCCUUAUGAUGAUUUAUUUAUGUAGUAAACAUUUGUUGCCAUUUCAUUGGUUAUUGCUAUCUUCUUCUGAGUAAUUCCAUGAACUGUCAUUGUGUCCUUAUCAUCCAUUGUGCUCUGUGUACAUACCUAGAUUGCAGUGUUACUGUAAUUCCAAAAGUGUACAUUCAGAUUUUAUUUUAUUUUGUUUUAAUUUUUUUAUUUAGGCUGCUGAUUUUGAGAUUUUUUGAUUAUGUAACUAUGCUUUGUCUUGUGUGGAAUGUCUAAGACUUAGAAAAUUGCUUGAGGUAGAAUUUGUCCUGGACCACAGAUCUAAGAUCAGAUGACCCCCUCCCCCUCUCUUUACCCUAACCAUAAGGGUGAAGAGCAAUAUCUGACCUUGCAUCAGUGUUAAGAGGACAUUUCUACCUACUCAAAAAAUCAGGGCCCUAUUGGCCUAUGCAUUGCAGAUCAAUAAGUCUCAUCAAUACUCCCAAUGCUUGAACAGUUUGUUUUUGCCCCAUAUAUGCUAAAUGAGUAGUGUAUGAAACAAAUGAGUUAAUUGGCAUGAAAACAACUUCUAGGUGAUAUGAGGUAGCCUAAAUGACUCCAGUUUCAUGACACAUGUUCUGUUAACAUGCCAUAUACAUACUUUAUAAGGUAAUUAAAUAUUGAAAAAUGAAAGUCAAAGUAAUGGUUUUACAUCUUGAAUCGUGUAUUUGUGAUGAUGGACUCAUCAUACAAAUAAAAUGGUCAUUAGUCACUGCAGUUA